CAAACAGCAAGGUAGAGGAAAGCAAGACGGUAAUAGAUAGUACGUCAAGACAACUGAGCUGUUAGACAAACAGACAGACAGUCAAACAGAAAGACAGACAGACAGAAGACAACUGGUGGCCUAUGAGGACAAAACUUUGACAGCUGAAGGAUGCUUCCAUUACUGGUUAUAGCUUUGCUGGGGUUCCCCACGGCAACAGGUUUCUAUGCACUUUUUACAUAAAAACAACAACAUUUUUAGUCAUUUAGCAGACGCUCUUAUCCAGAGCGACUUACAGUUAGUGAGUGCAUACGUUUUCAUACUGACACUUCUAUAGCCUACUCAAAUUAUCUGAUUAUUUUACAUAUAAAAGUAACUGGGUAAAGUGAAGAAUAUCAGUGGCUUUUUGUCUUAGGUUUGCAGGAAUGAUAUUGAAGAAAAUGUGCAAGUAGAGUGAAGUUGUAUUACUGUAGUGAUUAUUGGCAUCAUUGUCAUAAAGUAACAUCUUAGGGACCUUGUCAAUUAAAACCAGGCUUUCAGGGGUGAGACAAUCAUUGUAUACUUCAUGUUUGGAUUCUGGCUGUGCAAGAAGAAUGUUGUUUUUGCCUCACCUCAGAAAUGUGGUCACUAGUUCUGACUAGGCCCCUCAAUGUUUUAAAGGGAUGAUGCUGACUACAUAGGUUCACAUUGACCUACUGUAACAUUGUACUAAGCAUACAUUAUAGGAGAUAAUGAACUCUUUUGUUUCUACUGUAUGGUAUCUUUGGGGAGCAUUCCUGUUGAAUGUGUUCUGUUAAAAACUGCUUCUCUUUUCUAAGAAGAUAACACUCAUGGAGCAAAUUUCAGAAAAACCCACAAUGUUAAACUCAUAUUCAUAAAUGCAUUGUGGCAAUAUUUGUAACAUAGAGAAAUAAUAAAUAUAUACUGUAUUAAUCUCUAUAGCAGGGGUCCCCAAUUACAUUCAGCCGUGUGGCGAUUUUUCUUUGACCGGAUGGUCGAGGGGUAGAAACAUAGUUAUAAAUAAUUUGUACACUGCAAAUUGACCACAAGAAUCCAAAAUGGAUAUAGUAUUUGACAAAAACAGAAUAAUUUCAAACCUUGAUUACAUUGGGAUACAAUCACGUCUCUCUAUUUAUGCGUGGCAAUACUUAUUUUAAUCACUUUGAGCUGAUUUUCUGGUGAUUUCACAGUCUUUUAUGUCCAACAACAAAAUGUAUUAAAACAUUUUUGCUCAAAAAACUUGGGGGGGCCAAAUAAAAUCACCCGCGGAGCUGAAUUUGACCCGAGGGCCACCUAUUGUGAAACCCUGCUCUAUAGUAUGUGACCUGUAAUGUCUCCUCUGUUAUUCCCAGCCUCUGCAAUGCCUCACACCCACACCUCUCUCUCCCAGACCCUUCCCUCCUCAGGUGAGUGUUCACUAAUAAUCAGUAAUUAGUGAUAUAAAAUGGCUUGACUGAUGAGGAGGUAAAGUACAUCUUAACUGAUCUAACUGUAUGGUCUGGCCUUGUACCCGUCCUGAUCUAUCUGGGUUCAUUCAGCUCUAUGUCUGGCCACCUAGAAUAUAGAGAUCUAUCUUCAGUCUCUUUAGCAGUGGCGGCUCCUGAAAAAAUUCUCAGGAGGGGCAAUUUUUCUGAUGAUUUAGGUGACCUACACACAUUUAAAAAAAGAUAUGUCCAGCAACAACAUGAAGACAGGGGCAGCAUAUAAGUCAAUACCAGAAGCAUUUAUUGACUGAUCUGGGGAGAUGGAUUCCAGUUUCUGUGACAGAUUAUAAAUAAUCUCUGAUGCCUUUGUUAUAUUAGCUUUUGGUUGAAUGUACUGUCGUAGUAAAUAUAUAAUGUUAUAGCUUGGUCUGACAAAAAUCUUGUGCAUGACCCAUUUUGUGUUGGGCGUUUGUUUUCAAUCAAUGCUGUUCCUAUCCUAUAACAAUGGACAAAAGAGUCCUAUCUUGUCAGCCUUGUCAGCAGGUGGCCAAGGACAACACCCACGCCAUAGGUCUCUCAGUUCUUCCAACUCACGAGUUCUUGCUCUGAGGACACACACACACACACACACACACACACACACACACACAUCAUCAUCACUGAUAACACACACACACAUCAUCACUGUUAAACACACACACACACACACACAAAAAUCCCCUCUCUUUAGGCUGAACAUUUGAAGACAGAGAACCCGACUCAGAGCCAAUGCAACAGUGGAGGGGACCUCGCCCAACUCAUCAGGACCAAUCAGAAGAUCAGAACUACUAGAUUCAACCUACAUCAUUUAUUGUAUAAAAUGUCUGCACACAAUGUUUUUCGGGGCUCUCUUCAGAUAGCUCCCUAAGAGUUUGACGAACGAGUCCGUGCACGCGAUUCCAGAUAUCUUUACCUCUGAAUAAACUGCCUUUAUUAUACCAUAUCCACCCUGUCCAAAGUCUCUACUUGGUCUCAGUUCUCCAGUAAACUUGUGAUUAUCAACAGUACACAACGGUAACAAACAAUUGGGGGAACUCACGGGGCAGAUAGUAAGGUCGCAGUGACACAGAAAGCAGUUCAAUGUCGGGGCGGGGGUACAGAGUCGCUCUCUUACCAGGAUCGAUUUUCCCCGUGACUGUCAGAUCGCGGUCCGCUCUGACCAGGGUGAAGCCGGCCCGCUCCACUUCUCUGUCCGGGACUCUGUCAUCCAGCCAAGUCUCCCAGCUGUAUUGGAUUCCGCUGCCAGCAGCGUUUUCAUUAUUUAGUCCGUUCGUAGCGGGUAUGUACACGAUCAACAAGAUCAGUCCAAAACUCACCACUGGAAAUCCAUGGUUGGCAGAAUGUUUGUAAACUAAGUCUACAAAUUAAAAACAUAAAAUAACGCCACACUGCAGGUCGCAACAGAGACGCUGCUAGCCGCUAUUGUCUUAGUUACGUUCAUGGUUACGUCACGUAUGACGAAAGCGCGUAAGUGCAAGCCCACAGACACCCAUAGAGAAUGUAUUGAAAGCUUUGAAAUUUGAAAAAAAUAGAUUUUACAUGACAGGCUAUGAGAACUUCUGGGCGAUUUUCAACCUGACUGAAAUCGCCCAAAAACGGGCGGGGCCAUUGAAGCACGACUUUAGGCCUGAUUUGAAAAAUUCUAGUGGCAGUCUCUCAGAUUCCAGACCUGAGUAACCCACUGUUCCAGUGAUAUAUAAUUGAUUAGAAAAAGCUAAAUCCCGUUCUUUUCCUCCUUUGGCGUCCGGCGUUUUGCACAUUUUUCGCCCUAUUGAACAGGCCGUCCCUUCUCUUUAGUCCUUAUUGAGUUGAGUUGGCUGUUCUGAACGAUCAACCAAUGUGGUCUUAGGCGGUCUCCUAAUUUCACUCCUUUCUCUCCAGCUCACAGUGUCAGACCCUCAGAUGUGGCUGUGCUCUCAGCCAUCGGUCUCCCCCACACACAAAGGUAAGCAACACAUCAAUUUCUCUAACCUUGAUAGAUAAGGGGACACUACCAGGUGUCACUAGGGAUAUUUCAAUGUGAACGCAGAAAGGUUUUCCAGACUUCUGUUUUUCUCUCUCCUUGCAGCAGUGAGCUGUCCAGAGUGUUAUUGAGACUUCAUGGUAAGCCUGCUAUUCAUGGGGAGUUUGGGGGGCUCCUUAAUGUAUCAAAUCAGUUCUCUGAACCAGAAGACAACAAACGCAGGCUAUUAACACAGACAGACAAACAGACAGGCAGGCAAACAGACCGAACAGACACGCACACUCUCACGCACACACGCACACAUGCACACAAGUACACACACAAAAAUAGCAGACAAAUUCUAGAGCAUCCAAUCCACGUUGUCAAUUUCCUGUGACCUUAAGCACCAAAUGACAGUCUCCAUCAAAUACAAUCUCAAUAAAACACACUUUGAUUGGUUGAUAAGAUUGGUUGAUAAGACAUUUGAUUGGUUGAUAAGACAUGUUGGUCUGCUGACAGAUCCUCCUCUUCCCAUGCCAAAUUUCCUCCCUUUGCAAUCUGACACUCGUCAUGUGUAUCAUUACAUAGAAUGUUUAUCUAAUUUCAUCCAGAUAAUCUAGGACCAGACAUCAUUUAGGCUUUUUAACCAUUUUUCGAAGAUAGGAUUGUGCUCGAAAAGGAUAAAAGCAUCGAAAAGAGGGUACAUUUGGAGGGAAAUGAAAUCAAUUCAGUUACGUACUUGAGAUAAUGGUGUCAGGCCUGCUCUUAUAUAACUUACUGUAACUAUUGAACACUCUUACAUGUCUAAUAGGUUAUUGUAGAUUACUGCAGUAUCAAUUAGUAUAAUUGAGAAUAAUUGAUUUUAAAAGAGGUUAAUAUAAGUUAAGAUCCAACCACUUUGUGAUAUCGUUAUUGGUCUGAUAUCAGGAACAACCCUGAUACUACUAACAAUAAGCCAAGAUAGAAUCACCAAACUACAACUACGCUGCAAUUAAUUUCACCAGAAAGCAUUCCACAAGGAAGAGAUACAGAUUAUUGUACCUCUCACACAAUAGAAAACAGACAUUAAUAAAGAGGAAGGGGAUAGAGAGACAUACUGUACUCUCAACUCACAUGGUACUUUCUGUUUGUUAGUACCAAGAAAGCCCUAGAUGCCAUACUGGUCUGGCCAAACAGAUUGUAUGUGUAUCCAUUUAUUUGAUUGUAUAAGGAACCAACUAACUACCUGUGUGUCAGACACGUUGGUGGAGUAUGGAGUUAGUUGAUUUUAAAUACCUGUUUGCCAUUUCUAAUAGUGUUUUUUUCACCUCAUACUAAAGUGCCAAGUAAUGUGCAUAUGACAAAGUUGAUUUCACUUAUAAUCAAGCAACUUCCUCCCCUCUCUCUGUCACUCCAGAGCUGCUGACCAUGUUUAACCCUGCAAUGACCAGUACUCUUCCUGGUCAGACAAACCUGUAUUCUGAAUCCUCACAGCACAGGUAAUCCACAGCUACACCUGCUCCCUGUGAGAGCAUGAAAGAAAGACAGACAAAAUUGUAUGUUUCGUUCAUUUGCAGAUCUCUUGUGGAGCAGGCAAAGGAACUGUCCCUCACCCUCAGGAGUAACCAGGUAUUCUAGUAACUCUCCUUCUACAUAACCCAACACAUUGUCCUAUAGAAUUGGAACAGCUUCUCUGUACUGGUUGUCAUCUCUGACUGUGUCUUUUACUUCUCUCUGAUAGGCCGUUGAUCUAGACACAGACUGGAAGCUGGUGAUGCUAUUCGUCCAGGUGGAUGAGCUCUGUUUAUGUCAUGACCAGGUCAUUAGCCAAAUACUCACCUCACACAUCUGGAUUUCAGUGAAAGUCUGCAUUUCAUGACACUACAGUGUUAAUAGCUGCGUUCCUUUGAGUGAGUGUUGUGUGUUUGUGUGUAUGCAGCUCAGUGAGACCAUCAGAGCUGCUGUCCAGGAGGUGGAUCAAGCUCUGCAGGUGCUGCAGUCCCAGGUGGGUUUUGGACACUUGUGUGACACUCUUAGCGAUGCUACAGCACAUGAAUUUAGGUGAUCAUUAAGAUCGUUCUUAAUGUAUUUUCAGUUGAAGUGGACCAUUGUCAAUGUUGCAGUGUGGAAUGGAGAAUAUGAUACUGGACUUCCUCAUCAGAACAGGUGAUAAUCUCGACCAAUAGCACAGCUCCUUAAUCAGUCAGUGCAUUCAUUCCCUGAGUUUAUAAUGUUUUAUUUUAUUAUUAUAGAUAUAGAUUAUUGUACUGUAAUGUUGAGGGAGCUAGCACACAAGCAUUUUGCUGCACCUUUUAUACCUGCUGUAAACUGUGUACGUGAUAAAUACAAUUAGAUUAGAAUUUUGGGAUUUUUAAACGAUUCUGUGAAUCUAUAGUGACUUGCUAGUAGACGUUUGGUUUGAUUGCUUAUAUGUCUAUUGACAGGAUGUGUCAAUGUAUGGAGGAAAGACAUGAAGGGGAGCUCAGACUGCUGAGGGCCCUGCUCACUCAAGCCCUGCAGGUGCAAUGUCUUACAUAUCAAUGUUUUACGUCAUCAAUGUCUUACAUCAAUGUUUUGCUUCAUCAAUGUCUUAUGUCAUCAAUGUUGUACAUCUGUUUUACAUCAUCAAUGUCUUACGUCAUCAAUGUUGUACAUCUGUUUUACAUCAUCAAUGUCUUACGUCAUCAAUGUUGUACAUCUGUUUUACAUCAUCAAUGUCUUACGUCAUCAAUGUUGUACAUCUGUUUUACAUCAUCAAUGUCUUACAUCAAUGUCUUACGUCAUCAAUGUUGUACAUCUGUUUUACAUCAUCAAUGUCUUACAUCAAUGUCUUACAUCAUCACUUCUUACAUCAAUGUUUUACAUCAUAAAUGUCUUACAUCAUCAAUGUUGUACAUCUAUGUUUUACAUCAUCAAUGUCUUACUACAUCUAUGUCUUACAUCAAUUUCUUACAUCUAUGUCUUACAUCAAUAACUUACAUCAAUGUGAUCUCCCCAACAUCUAUGUCACGGUUCCCCAACUGGUGGCCUGCGGGCCGAAUUUGGCCCCACGGUGGUUUUAUUUGCCCCCCAAGUUUUCUGAGUAUUUCAUUGUUGGAUAUAAAAGACUGUAAAAACACCAGUUAUUUUAAUUUUGGAAAUCUGUUCCCAAGUAUUCCCACGCAUAAUAGAGAUACAAAUGCAUAAGUGCAUAAGUGCACCCACGCAUAAGUGAUCAUAUACAAAUGUAAGCAAGAUUUGAAAUUAUCAUGUUUUUGUCAAAUAUUAUAUCUGUUUGUGAUUCUUGCAAUCAAAUUGCAGUCUACAAAUGAUUUGUAAUUAUGUUCCAGCCCACAGACCAUCCUCUCAUAAAAAAUAAUCCCGCAGCUGAAUCUAGUUGAUGAUCUUUGAUCUAUGUGCUGUUUAUAUUGUUGUCCCCAUAUAAAUAAGAUAAGAUAAGAUUAUAUUGCAUUCUAUUGUCAGUUUUCACCCCCAAAAAAUUUGCAUCAUAAAAACUCCUUACAGGACAUACUGCAAAAUAUAAUAAAUAACAUAUGGACAGAAGAUGUUGUAGUACAGGGGACUACACAAGUGGUGUAUUGUAUAUAGUUUAUUAUUUACUAACUAUUUUUCACGGUGGUCAGUAGGAGUCCCUUGACGGACACCUGGUGGAGAAGCAGUGGUACAGCAAUAGAGAUGACUUCACCGUCCUACUGCAGGAUGUCCCCUUCAUCACAGCAGACCCUGCCUCCUUUAUUGUGAGUGACAAGCCAUUGAAGCUUCCCACAAGUUUGUAUACAUGAAUGUGACUCUCUUACUGUGUGAUGCAGAGCUGAAUUGUUAUUUGUUAUUGGUGUGUGUGCGUGCGUGUGUGUGUGUGUGUGUGUGUGUGUGUGUGUGUGUGUGUGUGUAAUACAAAUGUUCUUCUGUGUACAGAGCACUGCCCCCAGAGCGGGUGCAUUACACACAGACAAACUAGCCAUACAGAUGUGGGCCAACUUGGUGAGUUACACCACAUAAUACCCAUGCUGCUAACACACUGUGGCAUUGUCUCUGCUCUCAGUCCUAGUUGAGGCAAACAAAGGAGAAUUUACUCAAAAUGUUUUUCCUUCUGUUUUUCAGCUGCAGCCCACCAUAGGCCAGCAGAACAUGGAGGACAAUGAUAUGAUCAUCUCGGUGCCAUGCCCCAGUGAGGUGAGAGAGUGCGGCAAGCCUCCAACACAUACCUGACCUAGGUUAGUUUUUCUUUCAAAUACUUUAAGCGUUUAACUGAGCUUGUCUGGAGUGCCAGAUGAGUGGGGUUUGCACUUGGGGGUUGAUGCAUUGGUUCCAUUGGACCAGACAAGCUCAAUGAACUGCAGCUAAGGUAUUUGAAAGAAAACAAAUACUAUUUGAAUCCAGGCCUGAAAUCUGUCACGUACAGUACAUUUGUGGGAUUAAUAGAAUAGAAUGUGAGUGUAAUAGGAAUUUCCAGGUGAACAAGUCAAUCAAAAAUCUAUCCAGUUUAUUACACGUUGUAACAGGGAGACACAUGCAGAGCAAAUGUCUAACUGGCCUCUUGGAGACAGGCCCUUUCUAUCAAAAUCAGACAGCACCAAAUGUUCUGUAAACACCAGCAUGAGAGACAGUGACUUUGUAAGCUGCUACAGAAUCACACAGUGUUCAUAGAAUUCCAUCAAUGCGACAGUGAAUAAUCAGUGUGUCCUUGGUCCUUGGACCUCCAGUCUGGCGUCAACCACGAUCAUCAGAUAUGACAAUAAUCCAUAACAAGUCUAGUGACCAUCAACCUGCACCUUGAGUGUUACAAAUAGAAUACUGGCAAUUAUGUGUAUUACAGAAAUUCCAAAUAUGCUAAACAUUGUGUUGAUCACUCUAAAUUAAAUAUGAACUUUAUUCAUCUUAAAUAUUCCCAUUACAGUGAGCUACUCCAGAUAAACGUCUCAACACACAAUAUAGUAUAAUUAAGCAAUAUCACCGAGUGGGUGUGGUAUAUGGCCAAUAUACCAUGGCUAAGGGCUGUUCUUAGGCGCGACACGGAGUGCCUGGAUACAGCCCUUAGCCGUGGUAUAUUGGACAUAUAUCACAAACCCCCAAGGUGCCUUAUUGCUAUUAUAAACUGGUUACCAACAUAAUUAGAGCAUUACAAAUAAAUAUUUUGUCAUGCCCGCCAAUCAGCAUUCAGGGCUCGAACCACCCAGUUUAUGAUAUGAUUUAUACCACUGAGAAAGAAUCUAUACAACCCUACUAACCCUCAUCUCCCACCCUCUAUACAUUAAUCUGUCCUCCUCUCUGUCUGUCUCUCUCUCUCUCUGUCUCGCUCACUCUCUCUCUCUCUCUCUUUCUCGCUCUCACACUCUCUCUCUCUCUCUCUCCCCCUCUCUCCCAUAGGACCGGCCUUUCUUGAGAACAGAGCGAAACUCUCCCUCAGAUCACACCAAUGAGCUCUCUCCUCUUCUUGACCCUGUGAGUUACUGUUGUCAGGCCUGUUGAUCACGGCUAAUGUACUGUAGGGCCCUUCACAUUGUGGUGUCUGUGUACACAUUAUACAGUGGGGGAAAAAAGUAUUUAGUCAGCCACCAAUUGUGCAAGUUCUCCCACUUAAAAAGAUGAGAGAGGCCUGUAAUUUUCAUCAUAGGUACACGUCAACUAUGACAGACAAAAUGAGAAAUGUUUUUCCAGUAAAUCACAUUGUAGGAUUUUUAAUGAAUUUAUUUGCAAAUUAUGGUGGAAAAUAAGUAUUUGGUCAAUAACAAAAGUUUCUCAAUACUUUGUUAUAUACCCUUUGUUGGCAAUGACACAGGUCAAACAUUUUCUGUAAGUCUUCACAAGGUUUUCACACACUGUUGCUGGUAUUUUGGCCCAUUCCUCCAUGCAGAUCUCCUCUAGAGCAGUGUUGUUUUGGGGCUGUCGCUGGGCAACACAGACUUUCAACUCCCUCCAAAGAUUUUCUAUGGGGUUGAGAUCUGGAGACUGGCUAGGCCACUCCAGGACCUUGAAAUGCUUCUUACGAAGCCACUCCUUCGUUGCCCGGGCGGUGUGUUUGGGAUCAUUGUCAUGCUGAAAGACCCAGCCACGUUUCAUCUUCAAUGCCCUUGCUGAUGGAAGGAGGUUUUCACUCAAAAUCUCACGAUACAUAGCCCCAGUCAUUCUUUCCUUUACACGGAUCAGUCGUCCUGGUCCCUUUGCAGAAAAACAGCCCCAAAGCAUGAUGUUUCCACCCCCAUGCUUCACAGUAGGUAUGGUGUUCUUUGGAUGCAACUCAGCAUUCUUUGUCCUCCAAACACGACGAGUUGAGUUUUUACCAAAAAGUUAUAUUUUGGUUUCAUCUGACCAUAUGACAUUCUCCCAAUCCACUUCUGGAUCAUCCAAAUGCACUCUAGCAAACUUCAGACGGGCCUGGACAUGUACUGGCUUAAGCAGGGGGACACGUCUGGCACUGCAGGAUUUGAGUCCCUGGCGGCGUAGUGUGUUACUGAUGGUAGGCUUUGUUACUUUGGUCCCAGCUCUCUGCAGGUCAUUCACUAGGUCCCCCCGUGUGGUUCUGGGAUUUUUGCUCACCGUUCUUGUGAUCAUUUUGACCCCACGGGGUGAGAUCUUGCGUGGAGCCCCAGAUCGAGGGAGAUUAUCAGUGGUCUUGUAUGUCUUCCAUUUCCUAAUAAUUGCUCCCACAGUUGAUUUCUUCAAACCAAGCUGCUUACCUAUUGCAGAUUCAGUCUUCCCAGCCUGGUGCAGGUCUACAAUUUUGUUUCUGGUGUCCUUUGACAGCUCUUUGGUCUUGGCCAUAGUGGAGUUUGGAGUGUGACUGUUUGAGGUUGUGGACAGGUGUCUUUUAUACUGAUAACAAGUUCAAACAGGUGCCAUUAAUACAGGUAACGAGUGGAGGACAGAGGAGCCUCUUAAAGAAGAAGUUACAGGUCUGUGAGAGCCAGAAAUCUUGCUUGUUUGUAGGUGACCAAAUACUUAUUUUCCACCAUAAUUUGCAAAUAAAUUCAUUACAAAUCCUACAAUGUGAUUUUCUGGAAAAAAAAAUCUCAAUUUGUCUGUCAUAGUUGACAUGUACCUGUGAUGAAAAUUACAGGUCUCUCUCAUCUUUUUAAGUGGGAGAACUUGCACAAUUGGUGGCUGACUAAAUACCUUUUUUCCCCACUGUACAUGGUAAUGACUCUGGAUGUGCUCUGCUUGUCUUGUCAUCAGAUCAUGGGCACUCAUAUGCCCUGCGAGGACCAUAGCCCUUCCAACUCCCCACCCACCUCAGGUAAGAGGAAUCCUCUCAAUAUACAGUAUACAGUAUGCAGUUUUUAGAGUUAUUUGUUGAAAUAGAGGCAGUAUCCCCUGAUCUUACUGUAUUAUGGAACAUGAAACUUUUAGAGAACGGACAGAUAGAUGUCAGUUGGUUUCUUAGGGUCUACCUGGAUAAAGUUUGCCUCACGCCAUUCUCAUCACCUGAUCCAUCUUCUAUGCGUUCACAGUUCAUGCCCUCCGCCCUGGCGAUAUCAAAGUAGUAGCUGCAGUGGGAGACUCUCUGACAGUAAGUCACCUGUUCCUUGUUUACCUUUUAUCUGUAGUAGUACAUGAUUGAGUUACUUUACAUACGGUGGACUAAUCUACAUUACCCAGUUGUAGGGCUGUCACCUCAUCAUAUGUGAUUGCUAUCUGUAUUAUUAAACUCAUGCUAUUGCUAUCUCUAUAACACUCUCUUUGACUGGUCGGCAGGCGGGCAACGGUAUCGGAUCGGGAUCCAACGUUAACAAUCUACUGGAUGUUACGACGCAAUACCGGGGUUUAUCAUGGAGGUGGGUCCUUAUCAUAAGGCAGGGUUCCCCAACUGGUGGCCCGCUGGCCGAAUUUGGCCCCUGGGUGGUUUUAUUUGGCCCCACAAGUUUUCUGAGGAAAGAAAACCAAAAUAAAUUCCUUGUUGGACAUAAAAGUCUGUAAAAACACCAGUUAUUUUUAUUUAGGAAAUCUGUUCCCAAGUAUUCCCACGCAUAAUAGAGAGACAUGUGAUCGUAUACAAAUGUAAGCAAGGUUUGAAAUGAUAAUGUUUUUGUCAAAUAUUAUAUCUGUUUGUGAUGCUUGCGAUCAAAUUGCAGUCUACAAAUGAUUUGUAAUUAUGUUACGGCCCCCCGAUCAUCCGCUCACAAAAAAAUCGGCCCACGGCUGAAUCUAGUUAAUGAUCCCUGUCAUAAAGUGUCCUUAUCACCCCUGCAAUAACACAAUAGUACAGAGUGCAGUGUCAAUGUCAGUUCAUCUUCCUGUGCUGUGGGUUACCUGGAGGUAGAGGUAUAAUCUAUAUGGUUGGCAUCCCUAACCAGUCUAUAUUCUGUCUUUGUGUUUCUCAGUGUCGGUGGAGACGAGAACCUCACCACUGUCACCACUCUUCCCAGUGAGUCUCCUUCUUGACGCUGUCAUCUUGUAUUAGUUAUCAGGCUACUCGUGUAGCCAAAAUGUUGCCAAAAUAUUGCUAAAAUGCUGGAAUUCACAUUCACACAUGUACCUUAAGUAAGAAAAAUACUGUUCUCCUAUAUGUAUCAUUAUCAAUGUGUCCAGGUUGGACUGAUAUGUUGUUUUCUUUUGUGCUGCUGCUCAGAUAUCCUGCGUGAGUUUAACCCCUCCCUGACCGGCUUCUCAGUGGGCAAAGGCAAAGAGCACACCCCUCAGGCCUUCCUCAACCAGGCUGUGGCCGGGGGAAAAGCCAAGUGAGUCCCAUCACCAGUCCAUAUGAUACUCUUCUAUCCAGACAUACCUGCCUCUCUGACUGACUAUGUUUUACUGAAUAUGUACUGAAUAUGUUUUGUACUGAAUAUGUUUUGUAGUCUUUAUUCGCUGAAUAGUGAUGUUGGAUUGUCUGUGUUUGUUUUGAAGAGACAUACCAGAACAAGUGCGAGCAUUGGUUGCCAGGAUGAAGAAUGACUCGGUUAGCGACUAUCCUGAAUUAUAUUUGAAUCUAAUUUUGUUUGUCUACCACACAUAGAUUGAUAUAACACACAAGCUCACAUUAUGUGAACAUGUCCUCUUACACAGCGCAUUCAUUUCCAAGAAGACUGGAAAGUGAUCACUUUGUUCAUUGGAGGCAAUGACAUGUGUGACUACUGCUACAACUCUGUGAGUACCAAUACUAUGUGUAUACGUUACAACACAAUAAGAUACAAUGAGAUACCAUUCUGUGUCGUGACCUCCUCUAAGAACUCUGUCUGCAGUGAUACUGUACUGGAUGUGCAUGUUCCAGUUCUCUGACUGUCGCUACCUUUUAUUGUCCCACAGCUGUUUUACUCCACAGACAACUAUGUGCGACACAUUCGUGAGUCUCUGGAUUACCUUCAUAAACAGGUAGGAGCUGUAGGCCUAAUCCUACCAGAUAGCACAUGCUUUUCUCUGUUUUCAAUUUCUUUUUUUAAUUUCUAAAACGUUAUUUCUCUCUCUAUCUCUUUGUCCUUCUAUCUCUCAAUUCAAUUCAAUUUAAGGGGUUUUAUUGGCAUGGGAAAUGUAUGUUUACAUUGCCAAAGCAAGUGAAAUAGAUGAUUAAAAAAAAGUGAAUUAAACAAUAUAAAUGUUUUACAGUAAACAAUACACUCACAAAAGUUCAAAAAGAAUAAAGACAUUUCAAAUGUCAUAUUAUGUCUAUAUACAGUGUUGUAAUGAUGUGCAAAUAGUUAAAGUACAAAAAGGAAAAUAAAUAAACAUAAAUGUAGGUUGUAAACUCAGCAAAUAAAUCAGGACCCUGUCUUUCAAAGAUAAUUCGUAAAAAUCCAAAUAACUUCACAGAUCUUCAUUGUAAAGGGUUUAAACACUGUUUCCCAUGCUUGUUCAAUGAACCAUAAACAAUUAAUGAACAUGCACCUGUGGAACGGUCAUUAAGACACUAACAGCUUACAGACGGUAGGCAAUUAAGGUCACAGUUAUGAAAACUUAGGACACUAUAGAGGCCUUUCUACUGACUCUAAAAAACACCAAAAGAAAGAUGCCCAGGGUCCCUUCUCAUCUGCGUGAACGUGCCUCAGGCAUGCGGCAAGGAGGCAUGAGGACUGCAGAUGUGGCCAGGGCAGUAAAUUGCAAUGUCCGUACUGUGAGACACCUAAGACAGCGCUACAGGGAGACAGGACGGACAGCUAAUCGUCCUCGCAGUGGCAGACCACGUGUAACAACACCUGCACAGGAUCGGUACAUCCGAACAUCACACUUGCGGGACAGGUACAGGAUGGCAACAACAACUGCCCGAGUUACACCAGGAAUGCACAAUCCCUCCAUCAGUGCUCAGACUGUCCGCAAUAGGCUGAGAGAGGCUCACCUGAGGGCUUGUAGGCCUGUUGUAAGGCAGGUCCUCACCAGACAUCACCGGCAACAACGUCACCUAUGGGCUCAAACCCACCGUCGCUGGACCAGACAGGACUGGCAAAAAGUGCUCUUCACUGACGAGUCGUGAUUUUGUCUCACCAGGGGUGAUGGUCGGAUUCGCGUUUAUCGUCGAAGGAAUCAGCAUUAUACCGAGGCCUGUACUCUGGAGCGGGAUCAAUUUGGAGGUGGAGGGUCCGUCAUGGUCUGGGGCGGUGUGUCACAGCAUCAUCGGACUGAGCUUGUUGUCAUUGCAGGCAAUCUCAAUGCUGUGCGUUACAGGGAAGACAUCCUCCUCCCUCAUGUGGUACUCUUCCUGCAGGCUCAUCCUGACAUGACCCUCCAGCAUGACAAUGCCACCAGCCAUACUGCUCGUUCUGUGCGGGAUUUCCUGCAAGACAGGAAUGUCAUUGUUCUGCCAUGGCCAGCGAAGAGCCCGGAUCUCAAUCCCAUUGAGCACGUCUGGGACCUGUUGGAUCGGAGGGUGAGGGCUAGGGCCAUUCCCCCCAGAAAUGUCCGGGAACUUGCAGGUGCCUUGGUGAAAGAGUGGGGUAACAUCUCACAGCAAGAACUGGCAAAUCUGGUGCAGUCCAUGAGGAGGAGAUGCACUGCAGUACUUAAUGCAGCUGAUGUUUCUUUUAUUGCUGAGUUUAUUUAUGGUGUUUGUUCUUCACUGGUUGCCCUUUUCUUGUGGCAGCAUGUCACAAAUAUUGCUGCUUUAAUUGCACACUGUGGUAUUUCACCCAAUAUAUAUGGGAGUUUAUCCAAAUCGGAUUUGUUUUCGAAUUAUUUGUGGGUCUGUGUAAUCUGAGGGAGGUAUGUGUGUCUAAAUGGUCAUACAUUUGUCAGGAAGUUAGGAAGUGCAGCUCAGUUUCCACCUUAUUCUGUGGGCAGUGCACACAGCCUGUCUUCUCUUGAGAGCCAGGUCUGCCUACAGUGGCCUUUCUCAAUAGCAAGGCUAUGCUCACUGAGUCUGUACAUAGUCAAAGCUUUCCUUAAGUUUGGGUCAGUCACAGUGGUCAGGUAUUCUGCCACUGUGUACUCUCUGUUUAGGGCCAAAUAGCAUUCUAGUUUGCUCAGUUUUUCUGUUAAUUCUUUCCAAUGUUUCAAGUAAUUAUCUUUUUGUUUUGUCAUGAUUUGGCUGGGUCUAACUGUGUUGCUGUCCUGGGGCUCUGUGGGGUCUUUUUGUGUUUGUGAACAGAGCCCCAGGACCAGCUUGCUUAGGGGACUCUUCUCCAGGAUCAUCUCUCUGUAGUUGAUGGCUUUGUUAUGGAAGGUUUGGGAAUCGCUGCCUUUUAGGUAGUUGUAGAAUUUAACGGCCUUUUCUGGAUUUUGAUCAUUAGCGGGUAUGCUCUGCAUGCAUUAUUUGGGGUUUUACAUUGUACAUGGAGGAUAUUGUUGCAGAAUUCUGCAUGCAGAGUCUCAAUUUGAUGUUUGUCCCAUUUUGUGAAUUCUUGGUUGGUGAGCGGACCCCAGACCUCACAACUAUAAAGGGCAAUGGGUUCUAUAACUGAUUCAAGCAUUUUAUCCAGAUCCUAAUUAGUAUGUGGAAUUGUAUGUUCCUUUUGAUGGCUUAGAAGGCCCUUCUUGCCAUGUCUCUCAGAUCGUUCACAGCUUUGUGGAAGUUACCUGUGGCGCUGAUGUUUAUGCCAAGAUAUGUAUAGUUUUUUGUGUGCUCUAGGGCAACAGUGUCUAGAUGGAAUUUGUAUUUGUGGUCCUGUCAACUGGACCUUUUUUGGAACACCAUUAUUUUUGUCUUACUGAGAUUUACUGUCAGGGCCCAGGUCUGACAGAAUCUGUGCAGAAGAUCUAGGUGCUGCUGUAGGCCCUCCUUGCUUGGGGACAGAAGCACCAGAUCAUCAGCAAACAGUAUACAUUUGACUUCAGAUUCUAGUAGGGUGAGGCUGGGUGAUGCAGACUUUUCUAGUGCCCUCGCCAAUUUGUUGAUAUAUAUGUUGAAUAGGGUGGGGCUUAAGCUGCAUCCCUGUCUCUCCCCACGGCCCUGUGGAAAGAAAUGUGUGUUUGUUUUUGCCAAUUUUUAACGCACACUUGUUGUUUGAGUACAUGGAUUUUACAAUGUCGUAUGUUUUUCCCCCAACACCACUUUCCAUCAAUUUGUAUAGCAGAUCCUCAUGCCAAAUUGAGUCAAAAGCUGUUUUGAAAUCAACAAAGCAUGAGAAGACUUUGCCUUUGUUUUGUUUGUUUGUCAAUUAGGGAUUGCAGGGUGAAUACGUGGUCUGUCGUACGGUAAUUUGGUAAAAAGCCAAUUUGAUAUUUUCUCAGUACAUUGUUUUCACUGAGGAAAUGUACGAGUCUGCUGUUAAUGAUAACGCAGAGGAUUUUCCCAAGGUUGCUGUUGACGUAUGUCCCACGAUAGUUAUUCGGGUCAAAUUUGUUCAGUCCUUCGUUCCAAAUAUUGGGGAAGAUGCCAGAGCUAAGGAUGAUGUUAAACAGUUUAAGUAUAGCCAAUUGGAAUUUGUGGUCUGUAUAUUUUAUCAUUUCAUUGAGGAUACCAUCAACACCACAGGCCUUUUUGGGUUGGAGGGUUUGUAUUUUGUCUUGUAGUUCAUUCAAUGUAAUUGGAGAAUCCAGUGGGUUCUGGUAGUCUUUAAUAGUUGAUUCUAAGAUUUGUAUUUGAUCAUGUAUAUGUUUUUGCUGUUUGUUUUUUGUUAUAGGGCCAAAAAGACUGGAGAAGUGGUUUACCCAUACAUCUCCGUUUUGGAUAGAUCAUUCUUUGUGCUGUUGUUUGUUUAGUGUUUUCCAAUUUUCCCAGAAGUGUCUAUGGAUUCUUCAAUUACAAUGAGCUGAUUUCAGACGUGCUGUUCUUCUUUUUCCAUAGUGUAUUUCUUUAUUGUUUUAGUGAUUCACCAUAGUGAAGGCGUAGGCUCAGGUUUUCUGGGUCUCUAUGUUUUUGGUUGGAUAGGUUUCUCAAUUUCUUUCUUAGGUUUUUGAAUUCUUCAUCAAACCAUUUGUCACUGUUGUUAAUUUUCUUUGGUUUUCUGUUUAAAUUUUUUUUGAUUUUAUAGGGAAGCUGAGAGGUCAAAUAUGCUGUUUAGGUUUUCUACUGCCAAGUUUACACCUUCACUAUUACAGUGAAACAUUUUGUCCAGAAAGUUGUCUAAAAGGGAUUAUAUUUGUUGUUGCCUAAUUGUUUUUUGGUAGUUUUCCACACUACUUUCCAUCCAUCUAUAGCAUAUCUUAAUAUUAUUCAGUUCCUUUGGCUUUGAUGCCUCAUGAUUGAGUAUUGCUCUGUUCAAGUAGACUGUGAUUUUGCUGUGAUCUGACAGGGGUGUCAGUGGGCUGACUGUGAAUGCUCUGAGAGACUCUGGGUUGAGGUCAGUGAUAAAGUAGCCUACAGUACUACUGCCAAGAGAUGAGCUAUAGGUGUACCUACCAUAGGAGUUCCCUCGAAGCCUACCAUUGACUAUGUACAUAACCAGUGUGCGACAGAGCUGCAGGAGUUGUGACCCGUUUCUGUUGGUUAUGUUGUCGUAGUUGUGCCUAGGGGGGCAUAUGGGGGAGGGAAUGCUGUCACCUCCAGGUAUGUGUUUGUCCCCCUGUGUGUUGAGGGUGUCAGGUUCUUGUCCAGUUCUGGCAUUUAGGUCGCCACAGACUAGCACGUCCCUGGGCCUGGAAAUGAUUGAUUUCCCCUCCAGGAUAGAGAAGCUGUCUUCAUUAAAGUAUGGGGAUUCUAGUGGGGGGAUAUAGGUAGCACACAGGAGGACAUUUUUCUCUGUUGAGAUCAUUUCCUUUUGAAUUUCUAGCAAAUGUAAAAUGUUCCUGUUUUGAUUAAUUGAAUAGAGUUAGUUAGGUCUGUUCUAUACCAAAUUAGAAUACCCCCUGAGUCCCUUCCCUGUUUCACACCUGGUAGUUUGUUGGAUGGGUCUACCAGCUCUCUGUAACCUAGAGGGCAACCAGUGGGUCCAUCUCCUCUAUACCAUGUUUCUUGUAGGAUGACAAUGUCUGUAUUUCUGAUUUAUUUGGUUAAGUCCAGGUUCCUGCUCUUUAGGCCAAAGGCAGAUGACCUCAAGCCUUGGAUAUUCCAGGAUGAGGCUUUGUGCUCCAUAAAGUGUCCAAUGUUGUUAGUCGUGUGGUUUGGCCUCAGACCAGUACGUGUGAGCAGAGCCUGCUGAGCAUCUGGUACAUGCCAUUGGCUUGGGCUAGUGUAAGAGUGGGUGUUGGGCCUGUUUGCCUGCUCACGGCCUGGGCGUAUGUGUGACUUUCAUGUUGAGGCCCUCUUUGCGGGAGUGGGGGGCAUGGGGUGGGCAGGAGGGGCAUAGGUCUGAUCUGAGGGGGCCUAAAUGGGGUGUGGGCAUGGUUGACUUGGGGGGGUGUUGAUUGGGUGGGGGUGUGGAUGUGGCUGGUGGUGCUGUGGUCUGGAUGUAGGUCCUCUAUGUGUAGGUCCGGGGGGGGGGGGGGGGGGGGGGGGGGUCCUGCACGUUUGGGAGAGUGUCUCACUGGUCUGGGCGAGGUGUCUGUUGAUCCUGUGUGAGGUGUUGGGGCUGCGGUUUAGGGCAAUGUCCUUUAGCUUUUUCAAUCACUCCCUUGAGUGAUGUGGCCACCCUAUCCUGCUGUGCUCUCAGGUCGUUUGUGCCUGUUUGUAUUAUUAUGUUGCUGGGUGACCCUAGUCGGUCCUCAGACAGAAGGUCUAGGGCACGCUGGGUGUUUAGACACCAGAGUUUAGACACUGUGUGUUUGGGAAAAAGUUUAUUUUCUUGUAUGUAUUUCCCGUUUGAGUCCAUAAGGAGUACAAUCUGUGGCUUGUGUAUGUCCUCUAUUUCUUUCUCUCUCUCUCUCUCUCUCUCUCUCUCUCUCUCUCUCUCAAUUCAAUUUCAAUUUCAAUUUCAAUUCAAUUUAAGGGCUUUAUUGGCAUGGGAAACAUGUGUUAACAUUGCCAAAGCAAGUGAAGAAGAUAGUAAACAAAAGUGAAAUAAACAAUAAAUAUUAACAGUAAACAUUACACUCAGAAGUUUCAAAAGAAUAAAGACAUUUCAAAUGUCAUAUUAUGUAUAUAUACAGUGUUGUAACAAUGUGCAAAUAGUUAAAGUACAAAUGGGAAAAUAAAUAAACAUAAAAAUGGGUUGUAUUUACAAUGGUGUUUGUUCUUCACUGGUUGCCCUUUUCUUGUGGCAACAGGUCACAAAUCUUGCAGCUGUGAUGGCACACUGUGGUUUUUCACCCAGUAGAUAAGGGAGUUUAUCAAAAUUGGGUUUGUUUUCUAAUUCUUUGUGGAUCGCUGUAAUCUGAGGGAAAUAUGUGUCUCUAAUAUGGUCAUACAUUUGGCAGGAGGUUAGGAAGUGCAGCUCAGUUUCCACCUCAUUUUGUGGGCAGUGUGCACAUAGCCUGUCUUCUCUUGAGAGCCAGGUCUGCCUACGGCGGCCUUUCUCAAUAGCAAGGCUAUGCUCACUGAGUCUGUACAUAGUCAAAUCUUUCCCUCUCUCUCUCUCUCUCUCGCUCUCUCUCUCUCUCUCUCUCUCUCUCUCUCUCUCUCUCUCUCCUCUCUCUCUCUCUCUCUCUCUCUCUCUCUCUCUCUCUCUCUCUCUCUCUCUCUCUCUCUCUCUGUCUGUUUAUGUCUCUCUCUCUAUAUCUCUCUUUCUCUCUCUCUCCCUCUCUCUCUCUCUCUCUCUCUCUCUCUCUCUCUCUCUCUCUCUCUCUCUCUCUCAGGUGCCGAGGGCCCUGGUCAAUCUGGUGGAGCCUCUCUACAUCCCUGUCCUGAGACAGAUGCACACAGACUUAAAUGCAGAUCUCAAGUGCCCUACCUGGCUUGUCAAGUAAGUGUCCGUCCCUGCAGGUAGAGAAUCUAACUAGAGCAUUUGCCAGAGGGAGUUUUCCCCAUUGUAAAAUCAAUGACGGGGAAUGUGCAAGUGCACACUUUGAAUCAAGAUGGAGCCUAUCUGUAAUCCUCUUCAUCAAGCCACAACUUUCAUAUAUUUGCCAUAUGGAGGGCAAUGUGCCAAUGGAUCUCUGAAGUCUCUAUCAAUAACAUCUGAUCUCUGAAAUCUAGAUAAAUAACACCUGAUCUCUGAAGUCUCGAUCAAUAACACCUGAUCUCUGAAGUCUAGAUCAAUAACACCUGAUCUCUGAAAUCUAGAUCAAUAACACCUGAUCUCUGAAGUCUUGAUCAAUAACACCUGAUCUCUGAAAUCUAGAUCAAUAACACCUGAUCUCUGAAGUCUAGAUCAAUAACACCUGAUCUCUGAAAUCUAGCUCAAUAACACCUGAUCUCUGAAAUCUAGCUCAAUAACACCCGAUCUCUGAAAUCUAGAUCAAUAACACCCGAUCUCUGAAAUCUAGAUCAAUAACAUCUGAUCUUGUGUCUCUCCUUCAGUAUUCUGUGUCCCUGUGUCAUCUCACCAAAGGAAGGCUCCGUAGCACUUCAUCAACUCGAUGGUCUGAACAGAGAUUAUCAGGUAUGGCAAAGACUAAUUCUGCAGUGUAUGUGGGACCACAAUAUUAUACUUGACUCUAUGGUAAAUACUAUAGUGUGUGAUGAUUAAUGACCAAUAACAAAAACAAACUGUACCUCUUUCAGCGUGGACUGCAUGAGCUUGUGGAGUCAGGACGGUACGACACUCAUAACAACUUCACGGUGGUUCUGCAGCCUUUCCUACGAGACAUCGUCGUUCCCCAGACAGAGGUUAGGCACACUGCAUUGUCACUCGUCUUGACUGUGAAUCAACAAUAGAUUAACUGAUCGAUCUGUGUGAUGCCAAUGCCCUUUCAUGGUGCCACACGCUGACACACACACACUCACUCGCAUACUCGCACACACGCACAUACACACACACACACACACACACACACACACACACACACACACACACACACACACACACACACACACACACACACACACACACACACACACACACACACACUCACACAAACACACACAUACACACACCCUCACACAAACACACACACACACACCCUCACACUCACACACACAAACUGUCCCCUCUGUCUCACACACAGGACGGACGUCCAGACCGUACUUACUUCAGUCCUGACUGCUUCCAUCUCAGUCAGAAGUCCCAUACUCUGAUGGCCCGCGCUCUCUGGAAUAACAUGGUGAGACUCAAUAACACUGUCACAAUAUAUCCAUCUAUAUAUUAUAUAGAGCCUGACAUGCCAAAAACACAUGUGACAUGUCAUAUGUAGAUGUGUGUGUGUGUAUGUGUGUGUGUGUGUGUGUGUGUGUGUGUGUGUGUGUGUGUGUGUGUGUGUGUGUGUGUGUAUAUACAUACAGUACCAGUCAAAGUUUUAGAACACCUACUCAUUCAAGGCUUUUUCUUUAUUUUUACUAUUUUCUACAUUGUAGAAUAAUAGUGAAGACAUCAAAACUAUGAAAUAACACAUAUGGAAUCAGGUAGUAACCAAAAAGGUGUUAAACAAAUCAAAAUAUAUAAUGCCAUCCUUUGUCUUGAUGACAGCUUUGCACACUCUUGGCAUUCUCUCAACCAGCUUCAUGAGGUAGUCACCUGGAAUGCAUUUCAAUUAACAGGUGUGCAUUAUUAAAAGUUAAUUUGUGGAAUUUAUUUCCUUCUUAAUGCGUUUGAGCCAAUCAGAUGUGUUGUGACAAGGUAGGGGUGGUAUACAGAAGAUAGCCCUAUUUGGUAAAAGACCAAGUCCAUAUUAUGGCAAGAACAGCUCAAAUAAGCAAAGAGAAACGACAGUCCAUAAUUACUGUAAGACAUGAAGGUCAGUCAAUACGGAACAUUUCAAGAACUUUUAAAGUUUCUUCAAGUGCAGUCGCAAAAACCAUCAAGUGCUAUGAUGAAACUGGCUCUCAUGAGGACCGCCACAGGAAAUGAAGAGCCAGAGUUACCUCUGCUGCAGAGGAUAAGUUAAUUAGAGUUACCAGCCUCAGAAAUUGCAGCCCAAAUAAAUGCUUCACAGAGUUCAAGUAACAGACACAUCUCAACAUCAACUGUUCAGAGGAGACUGAGUGAAUUAGGCCUUCAUGGCGAAUUGCUGCAAAGAAACCACUACUAAAGGACACCAAUAAGAAGAAGAGACUUGCUUGGGCAAAGAAACACGAGCAACGGACAUUAGACCGGUGGAAAUCUGUCCUUUGGUCUGAUGAGUCCAAAUUUGAGAGUUUUGGUUCCAACUGCCGUGUCUUUGUGAGACGCAGAGUAGGUGAACGGAUGAUCUCCGCAUGUGUAGUUCCCACUGUGAAGAAUGAAGAGGAGAAUUCAAGGCACAAUUUAACCAGCAUGGCUACCACAGCAUUCUGCAGCGAUAUGCCAUCCCAUCUGGUUUGGGCAUAGUGGGACUAUCAUUUGUUUUUCAACAGUAGUAAUUUAAGGAGAGCUGCAUCAGAUGACCUGGCCUCCACAAUCACCCAACCUCAAUCCAGUUGAGAUGGUUUGGGAUAAGUUGGACCGCAGAGUGAAGGAAAAGCAGCCAACAAGUGCUCAGCAUAUGUAGGAACUCCUUCAAGACUGUUGGAAAAGCAUUCCAGGUGAAGCUGGUUGAGAGAAUGCCAAGAGUGUGCGAAGCUGUCAUCAAGGCAAAGGGUGGCUACUUUGAAGAAUCUCAAAUAUAAAAUAUACACUGCUCAAAAAAAUAAAGGGAACACUAAAAUAACACAUCCUAGAUCUGAAUGAAUGAAAUAAUCUUAUUAAAUACUUUUUUCUUUACAUAGUUGAAUGUGCUGACAACAAAUUCACACAAAAAUUAUCAAUGGAAAUCAAAUUUAUCAACCCAUGGAGGUCUGGAUUUGGAGUCACCCUCAAAAUUAAAGUGGAAAACCACACUACAGGCUGAUUCAACUUUUAUGUAAUGUCCUUAAAACAAGUCAAAAUGAGGCUCAGUAGUGUGUGUGGCCUCCACGUGCCUGUAUGACCUCCCUACAACACCUUGGCAUGCUCCUGAUGAGGUGGCGGAUGGUCUCCUGAGGGAUCUCCUCCCAGACCUGGACUAAAGCAUCCGCCAACUCCUGGACAGUCUGUGGUGCAACGUGGCGUUGGUGGAUGGAGCGAGACAUGAUGUCCCAGAUGUGCUCAAUUGGAUUCAGGUCUGGGGAACGGGCGGGCCAGUCCAUAGCAUCAAUGCCUUCCUCUUGCAGGAACUGCUGACACACUCCAGCCACAUGAGGUCAAGCAUUGUCUUGCAUUAGGAGGAACCCAGGGCCAACCGCACCAGCAUAUGGUCUCACAAGGGGUCUGAGGAUCUCAUCUCGGUACCUAAUGGCAGUCAGGCUACCUCUGGCGAGCAAAUGGAGGGUUGUGCGGCCCACCAAAGAAAUGCCACCCCACACCAUGACUGACCCAUCGCCAAACCGGUCAUGCUGGAGGAUGUUGCAGGCAGCAGAAUGUUCCCCACGGCGUCUCCAGCCUCUGUCACGUCUGUCACAUGUGCUCAGGGUGAACCUGCUUUCAUCUGUGAAGAGCACAGGGCGCCAGUGGCGAAUUUGCCAAACGUCCUGCACGGUGUUGGGCUGUAAGCACAACCCCCACCUGUGGACGUCGGGCCCUCAUACCACCCUCAUGGAGUCUGUUUCUGACCGUUUGAGCAGACACAUGCACAUUUGUGGCCUGCUGGAGGUCAUUUUGCAGGGCUCUGGCAGUGCUCCUCCUGCUCCUCCUUGCACAAAGGCGGAGGUAGCAGUCCUGCUGCUGGGUUGUUGCCCUCCUACGGCCUCCUCCACGUCUCCUGAUGUACUGGCCUGUCUCCUGGUAGCGCCUCCAUGCUCUGGACACUACGCUGACAGACACAGCAAACCUUCUUGCCACAGCUUGCAUUGAUGUGCCAUCCUGGAUGAGCUGCACUACCUGAGCCACUUGUGUGGGUUGUAGACUCCGUCUCAUGCUACCACUAAAGUGAAAGCACCGCUAGCAUUCAAAAGUGACCAAAACAUCAACCAGGAAGCAUAGGAACUGAGAAGUGGUCUGUGGUCACCACCUGCAAAACCAGUCCUUUAUUGGGGGUGUCUUGCUAAUUGCCUAUAAUUUCCACCUGUUGUCUAUUCCAUUUGCACAACAGCAUGUGACAUUUAUUGUCAAUCAGUGUCACGAUCGUUGUAAGAGGCAGACCAAGGCGCAGCGUGAUAGGCGUACAUCUUUUAAUGAGUACUUUACACCAACAACAAAACAACAAAACGAUACGUGAAGUCUAAAGGUUCACUAACACAAACCUAUACAGAACAAGAUCCCACAAUCAACUGAGCAAAACAGGCUGCCUAAGUAUGGUUCCCAAUCAGAGACAACGAGCAACAGCUGCCUCUGAUCGGGAACCACCCUGGCCAACAUAGAUCUAAACGAUCUAGACAGAAAACAAGGAACAACUAAACAUAGGAACUAACACCCUGGCUCAACAUUAAAGAGUUCCCAGAGCCAGGGCGUGACAGUACCCGCCCCCCCCCCCAAAGGCGCGGACUGCGACCGCGCCAACCAAACACCACAGGGGAGGGGCCGGGUGGCCAUUCCGCCUCGGAGGCGGAUCCGGCUCCGGGCGUGACCACCACUCUCUCUCUCGCCCUCGUGGUCUGGCCCUGCUGGCCGGAGCUGGACUGAACACUGGUGGAGCGGAUUGCUCUGGCUCCGGCGUGGAGCAGCUGACCGGUACCUGACCAGGCACCGGUGGAACAGGCACGGGCUGUGCCGGACUGAUGACGCGCACCACUGUCUUGGUGCGGGGAGCAGGAACGGGCCGGACCGGGCUGGCGACGCGCACCACUGGCUUGGUGCGGGGAGCAGGAACGGGCCGGACCGGGCUGACGACGCGCACCACUGGCUUGGUGCGGGGAGCAGGAACAGGCCGGACCGGGCUGACGACACGCACCACUGGCUUGGUGCGGGGAGCAGGAACGGGCCGGACCGGGCUGACGACGCGCACCACUGGCUUGGUGCGGGGAGCAGGAACAGGCCGGACCGGGCUGACGACGCGCACCACUGACUUGGUGCGGGGAGCAGGAACGGGCCGGACCGGGCUGACGACGCGCACCACUGGCUUGGUGCGGGGAGCAGGAACAGGCCGGACCGGGCUGACGACGCGCACCACUGGCUUGGUGCGGGGAGCAGGAACAGGCCGGACCGGGCUGGCGACGCGCACCACUGACUUGGUGCGGGGAGCAGGAACAGGCCGGACCGGGCUGACGACGCGCACCACAGGCUUGGUGCGGGGAGCAGGAACAGGCCGGACCGGGCUGACGACGCGCACCACAGGCUUGGUGCGGGGAGCAGGAACAGGCCGGACCGGGCUGACGACGCGCACCACUGGCUUGGUUGGUGCGGGGAGCAGGAACAGGCCGGACCGGGCUGAAGACGCGCACCACUGGCUUGGUGCGAGGGGCAGGAACGGGCCGGACCAGGCUGACGACGCGCACCACUGGCUUGGUGCGGGGAGCAGGAACAGGCCGGACCAGGCUGGCGACACGCACCACUGACUUGGUGCGAGGGACAGGGACAGGCCGGGCCGGACUGGCGACGCGCACCCCUGGCCUGGUGCGGGGAGCAGGAACAGGCCGGACCGGGCUGGCGACGCGCACCACAGGCUUGGUGCGGGGAGCAGGAACGGGCCGGACCGGGCUGGCGAUGCGCACCACAGGCUUGGUGCGAGGGACAGGAACAGGCCGGACCGUACUGGGAACACACACCACUGGCCUUGUGCGGGGAUCAGGAACGGGCCGGACCGGACUGGUAACACACCCCAGUACCUCUCGCCGUGCCUCUACACUCUCCUUCCCCCUCAUGACCAAUGGCCCCCGUAACCUGGUGGCCUCCUCUCCUAGUCCGCAAACUCGCCCUGUAGCUGCCUCCAGCAGCCCCGUCGUCCAUGCCGUGUGCCCCCCCUAAAAAAUGUCUUGGGGUUGCCUCUCGCCUGUCCGACGAUGGCCCGGUAGGCGCCGCUUCUCCUCUCCUGCCUGGGCAUCCUCCCUCAUCGCCCUCCGGUAGUGGACGGCCUCCUCGUCUGUGAUUCUCCCCCAACCGAGGAGGACAUCUACCAGAGUAACCUCUUGUUCCAUACCCGGCGUUUGCUCCUGCAUACGCUGCUUGGUCCUAUAAGGGUGGGAUCUUCUGUCUCGGUCGUUGUAAGAGGCAGACCAAGGCGCAGCGUGAUAGGCGUACAUCUUUUAAUGAGUACUUUACACCAACAACAAAACAACAAAACGAUACGUGAAGUCUAAAGGUUCACUAACACAAACCUAUACAGAACAAGAUCCCACAAUCAACUGUUCAAAACAGGCUGCCUAAGUAUGGUUCCCAAUCAGAGACAACGAGCAACAGCUGCCUCUGAUCGGGAACCACCCUGGCCAACAUAGAUCUAAACGAUCUAGACAGAAAACAAGGAACAACUAAACAUAGGAACUAACACCCUGGCUCAACAUUAAAGAGUCCCCAGAGCCAGGGCGUGACAAUCAGUGUUGCUUCCUAAGUGGACAGUUUGAUUUCACAGAAGUGGGAUUGACUUGGAGUUACAUGAGCAGUGUAUUUUGAUUUGUUUAACACCUUUUUGGUUACUACAUGAUUCCAUAUGUGUUAUUUCAUAGUUUUGAUGUCUUCACUAUUAUUCUACAAUGUAGUAAAUAGUAAAAAUAAAUAAAAACCCUUGAAUGAGUAUGUGUGUGUGUAUGUGUGUGUGUGUGUGUGUGUAUUUAUGUGUGUGUGUGUAUAUAAUUUAUGUGUAUGUGUGUAUGUAUAUGUGUGUGUGUGUGUGUGUGUGUGUGUGUGUGUGUGAGUGUAUGUGUGUGUGUGUAUAUAUUUAUAUGUGUGUUUGUGUAUGUCUAUAGAUGUGUGUGUGUGUGUGUGUGUAUGUGUGUAUGUUUGUGUGUGUGUGUGUGUGUGUGUGUGUGUGUGUGUGUGUGUGUGUGUGUGUGUGUAUACUGUAUGUAUGGCUCUGACUGUUACUACCCAAAGCACAACACUGUGUUACCACUGAGUGACAAAAAUGACACAUUCAGUUGAUAUCCAGGAUAUCUUACCAUCACCCAAGUUCUUUUGAAUUCACUGAGAUGUAUUCCCUUAGCUGGAGCCUCUGGGCAAGAAGACUGUCCAACUGUACUUUGAUGAUGGUAUCCCUGUCAACUGCCCAUCUAAGGUACAGUCUUAUGGCUCAACAUGUCUACAGAAGUACUGUGUCGUCUUCACGUUACUUCAUACCGUUAACUGACUAUAUUUUGAUCACUCUUGUGGGGUUUUACAGAGAAGAGUGCGAUAUGAACGUAGGUCAAUUAAUGAAUAUUAAGUGUUGAUAGUAUUACAGUGCCAUCUGAAAGUAUUCAGACCCCUUGACUUUUUCCACAUUUUGUUACGUUACAGCCUUAUUCUAAAAUGUAUUACAUAGUUUUUUCCCCCCUCAUCAAUCUACACCAAAUACCCCAUAAUGAUAAAGCAAAAACAGGUUUUUUAUAAAUUGUAGCCAAAUGUAUUAAAAAUAAAAAACUGAAAUAUCACAUUUACAUAAGUAUUCAGACCCUUUACUCAGUACUUUGUUGAAGCACCUUUGGCAGCAAUGAACGCCUUGAGUCUUCUUGGGUAUAACACUACAAGCUUGGCACACCUGUAUAUUAGGGAGUUUCUCCCAUUCUUCUCUGCAGAUCCUCUCAAGCGCUGUCAGGUUGGAUGGGGAGCGUCGCUGCACAGCUAUUUUCAGGUCUCUCCAGAGAUGUUCAAUCGGGUUCAAGUACAGGCUCUGGCUGGGCCACUCAAGGACAUUUAGAGACUUGUCCCGAAGCCACUCUUGCGUUGUCUUGGCUGUGUGCUUAGGGUCAUUGUCCUGUUGGAAGGUGAACCUUUGCCCCAGUCUGAAGUCCUGAGCGCUCUGGAGCAGGUUUUCAUCAAGGAUCUCUCUGUACUUUGCUCUGUUCAUCUUUACCUUGAUCCUGACUAGUCUCCCAGUCCCUGCCGCUGAGAAACAUCCCCACAGCAUGAUGCUGCCACCACCAUGCUUCACCGUAGGGAUGGUGCCAGGUUUCCUCCAGACGUGACGCUUGGCAUUCAGGCCAAAGGGUUCAAUCUUGGUUUCAUCAAACCAGAGAAUCUUGUUUCUCAUAGUCUGAGAGUCUUUAGGUGCCUUGUGGCAAACUCCAAGCGGGCUGUCAUGUGCCUUUUACUGAGGAGUGGCUUCCGUCUGGCCACUCUACCAUAAAGGGCUGACUGGUGGAGUGCUGCAGAGAUGGUUGUCCUUCUGAAAGGUUCUCCCAUCUCCACAGAGGACCUCUGGAGCUCUGUCAGAGUGACCAUCGGGUUCUUGGUCACCUCCCUGACCAAGGCCCUUCUCCCCCGAUUGCUCCGUUUGGCUGGGCGGCCAGCUCGAGGAAGAGUCUUGGUGGUUCCAAACUUCUUCCAUUUAAGAAUGAUGGAGGCCACUGUGUUCUUAGGGACCUUCAAGGCUGGAGAAAUGUUUUGGUACCCUUCCCCAGAUCUGUGCCUCGACACAAUCCUGUCUCUGAGCUCUAUGGACAAUUCCUUCGACUUCGUGGCUUGGUUUUUGCUCUGACAUGCACUGUCACUUGAGGGACCUUAUAUAGACAGGUGUGUGCCUUUCCAAAUCAUGUCCAAUCAAUUGAAUUUACCACAGGUGGACUCCAAUCAAUGGGAACAGGAUGCACUUGAACUCAAUUUCGAGUCUCAUAGAAUACUUAUGUAAAUAUAAAAUAAAAUAAAAACAGUUUUUGCUUUGUCAUUAUGGGGUAUUGUGUGUAGAUUGAUGAGGGAAAAAAGUAAUUGAAUACAUUUUAGAAUAAGGCUGUAACGUAUCAAAAUGUGGAAAAAGUCAAGGGGUCUGAAUACUUUCCGGAUGCACUCUAUAUGUUUAGCUUAUGCAAAUGUGUCUCUGUCUUCCCCCAAGACCUCACCAUUCGUGCGGACCUAUGUCAACAGCAAUUACACUUAUGAGGAACCCGCCCCAACACCUCCACCAAUCACGGUAGGCCACCCAUCCAGGUUCAAAUCGCUGUGCCUUCCAGUAAACAUUUGACAUGUGUGGAUGAGGUGGACCAAGCUAAUACUUUCAAGUGAUAAUAGAUAAUGAUAGCUGUUAUUACAGAACUGUGAUCAUCAUUAAUUUAGGUAAGGUGGCAUUGAAUUGUGUUCAUCAUUAAUUUAGGGAUGGGGGCAUUGAACUGUUUAUCAUUGAUUUAGGUAUGGUUGCAUUGAACUGCGUUCAUAAUUAAUUUAUGUAUUAUGGCAUUGAACUGUGUUCAUAAUUAAUUGAGGUAUGAUGGCAUUGAAUUGUGUUCAUCAUUAAUUUAGGUAUGAUGGCAUUGAACUUUGUUCAUCAUUAAUUUAGGUAUGGGGGCAUUGAACUGUGUUCAUAAUUAAUUUAGGUAUGGUGGCAUUGAACUGUUUUAAUCAUUAAUUUGGGUAUGGUGGCAUUGAACUGUUUUCAUCAUUAUUUAGGUAUGGUGGCAUUGAACUGUGUUCAUAAUUAAUUUAGGUAUGGUGGCAUUGAACUGUUUUAAUAAUUAAUUUGGGUAUGGUGGCAUUGAACUGUUUUCAUCAUUAAUUUAGGUAUGGUGGCAUUGAACUGUUUUAAUUAUUAAUUUAGGUAUGGUGGCAUUGAACUGUUUUCAUAAUUAAUUUAGAUAUGGUGGCAUUGAACAGUUUCAUCAUGAAUUUAGAUAUGAUGGCAUUGAACUGUGUUCAUCAUUAAUUUAGAUAUGGUGGCAUUGAACUGUGUUCAUCAUUAAUUUAGGUAUGGGGCAUUGAACUGUGUUCAUCAUAAAUUUAGGUAUGGGGGCAUUGAUGAAGGAAAUGUGUUAAAAUACUGUCUCACUUUGAUCUGCCUGCCUGCCUGCCUGCCUGCCUGCCUGCCUGCCUGCCUGCCUGCCUGCCUGCCUGCCUGCCUGUCUGUCUGUCUGUCUGUCUGUCUGUCUGUCUGUCUGUCUGUCUGUCUGUCUGUCUGUCUGUCUGUCUGUCUGUCUGUCUGUCUGUCUGUCUGUCUGUCUGUCUGUCUGCCUGCCUGCCUGCCUGCCUGUCUGUCUGUCUGUCUGUCUGCCUGCCUGCCUGCCUGCCUGUUUGCCUGUCUGUCUGUCUGUCGUCUCUCCCAGAACUGGGGAAGUGACUUCUCUUGUGGGGACCUGGCUCCAUCCACCUCUGUGCCUACAUCAGGUGAGAGUGUAGUAAGAGGUGACGAGGUUUCAUAAGAGGAAGUGCAUAACUAAGGGAAGGCCAAUGACCUGCUUGCAUGACAUUUGUCCAACCCCCUUACUAGACCAAUCAUGCUACAUGUCUGAGAUAGGUGUCCAUUCACACUACAUGUCUGAGAUAGAUGUCCAAUCACACUACAUGUCUGAGAUAGAUGUCCAAUCACACAACAUGUCUGAGAUAGAUGUCCAAUCACAUUACAUGUCUGAGAUAGAUGUCCAAUCACAUUACAUGUCUGAGAUAGAUGUCCAAUCACACUACAUGUCUGAGAUAGAUGUCCAAUCACACAACAUGUCUGAGAUAGAUGUCCAAUCACACUACAUGUCUGAGAUAGAUGUCCAAUCACACUACAUGUCUGAGAUGGGUGUCAAAACCCAACAAAUUAUAGCAGUGUAUGAUGACUAUGUUGUAACAUUAUGGACUAUGGGAAGUGGAGUGUAUUUGUUUUUAUUGAUCAAUCUGUUCCUCUGUCCCCAGUUCAUAAGCUGCGACCAGGAGACAUCAAGGUGGUGGCAGCACUGGGAGACUCAAACACUGUAAGUGUGUGUGUGUGUGUGUGUGUGUGUGUGUGUGUGUGUGUGUGUGUGUGUGUGUGUGUGUGUGUGUGUGUGUGUGUGUGUGUGUGUGUGUGUGUGUGUGUGUGUGUGUGUGUGUGUGUGUGUGUGUGCGCACGUGCCUGCAUGCGUGCGUGCGUGUAGAACAAAACAAUCUUAAUGUGCUGAUAGCAGGUUUUCUGACCUAAUCAUUUGUAAUCAGGGAGUUGUUUAGCAUUUGUGAUAGCCCAUUGGUGUUCAAAGUGAUUGUGCAAGUCCAGUGUAUUCAUAUUGAUGUGUCAGCAGUAUUUGCCUGUGUUUGAUUUUAUAUUAUCCUUUGUGCUGAGAGGACAUAUUCUUUACAUGGUGGGUUGAUCAUGUUCCUUUGUUGUCAUCUGUUUGCAGGCAGCAGUUGGAGCCAAGGCAAAGAACGUGUUGCAGCUCAACACGCAGUAUAAAGGAGUGUCAUGGAGGUACAGCGCAUUCUGAAAUUAUUCAGACCCCUUGACUUUUUCCACAUUUUGUUACUUUACAGACGUAUUCUAAAAUUGAUUAAAUUCUUUUUCCCCCUCAUCAAUCUACACACAAUACCCCAUAAUGACAAAGCAAAAACAGGUUUUUAGAAAUGUUUGCAAAUGUAUUAAAAAUUUUAAAAAAUAAAGAAUUACCUUAUUUACAUAAGUAUUCAGAUCCUUUGCUAUGAGACUGACUCGAAAUACUGUUCAUACAUUCUGUAAUGAAUCAUGCACCAACAUAGUCUAAAUGCAUAGCAUACACGUUAUGGACCACUUGCAGAGCACAAUGAUACUGCCAGACUGCUUGAACACUGGUCAACAGUGAAAUUGACUAAAUGUGUGUGUAUUUCUGCAGUAUUGGAGGAGAUCAGGCGCUGGACACUGUCACCACACUACCAAGUGAGACACUAUUUCCUCUUGUCACUCUCAUCCUAUUGGCUCAUCUUAACUGUCCAUCAAAAUGAGCCAAAUGAGCCUUGAUUUCACAUAUGACUAUUUCUGUAACAUUGUUGGAGAAAGGUUGCAAUGAAUACACAGGAGGUUGGUGGCAAUGACCGGAGCAGCAUCAAAUACAUCAAACACAUGGUUUCCAUGUGUUUGAUGCCAUUCCAUUUGCUCCGUUCCAGACAUUAUUAAGAGCUAUUCUCCCCUCAGCAAGCUCCUGUGAUUAUGAAUACCCAGUGCACAUGAUCUUGUGACAGUAGAUUUUCAGCAUUUACACAUACAUCCACAAGAUGGCAGUCUCAACAUAUGAUCUCAUGACAUUCCUCUGGAGUGCAGCCUCCUUGCAUAGAGGAAAAAUGGUUCAUCCAGCUGGCAGCACUCUCUCUGUAAUAAAGCUAAAAUGGACCAUUUGAUAAUGAAACGUCUGUUUGCUUUACCAGAACGCCCCAAUGCUUAUUUUCCAUCUCUACUUUUCUUUCUCUCUCUCAGACAUCCUGAAGAAAUUUAACCCUUCCCUCUAUGGCUUCUCCAAGGGUCAGAGCUUGCUGCAGAAUAGUGGCUUCAACAUGGCGGUGCCUGGAGCCAAGGCCUUGUGAGUAGAGAGUUAAGUUUCGACCUCUCUGUUCCCUCGUCCACUCACUGUCCUCUUUUUCCAGUCACUCUAUUUCCCAUCCUAUUUUUUAAGUGUCAUCCUUUCAUUCCCGGCAGCUCUGGCUGCUUGCCUAUCAACUCCCCAUCAGUCUUCUCAUUUGAACUAAGGCAUUAUAAACACUAUGUUCUAACAAAUGUUUAUUUGUCUCUUCUAGAGAUAUCCCAGCCCAAGUCCAAGCUCUCAUCAAGGCCAUGAAAGAUGACAAGGUGAGACUGGUUUAUGUCCAAGAGCUCUAUGGGCCCUGGUCAAAAGUAGUGCAUUACAUACAGGACAGGGUGCCAUUUGGGAUGCAAGCCUCUUCCAAGGGGACAGGGUGUCAUUUGGGAUGCAAGCAUCUUCCAAGGGGACAGGGUGUCAUUUGGGAUGCAAGCCUCUUCCAAGGGGACAGGGUGCCAUUUGGGAUGCAAGCCUCUUCCAAGGGGACAGGGUGCCAUUUGGGAUGCAAGCCUCUUCCAAGGGGACAGGGUGUCAUUUGGGAUGCAAGCCUCUUCCAACGGGACAGGGUGUCAUUUGGGAUGCAAGCCUCUUCCAUGACUCUGUAACUGUGUUGAAUUGUUAUACUGGACUCAGUUUAUAAGAAUAAUGACAUAUUGUUGUAUAAUGAGUGUAUGAUAAUCUAUAGCAAUUUCUCUCUUCCUCUUUACACGCACACAGAAGGUGAAUUUUGAACAGGAUUGGAAGCUAGUGACCUUAUUCGUUGGCUCCAUGGAUCUUUGUGAUUAUUGCAUGGACCAGGUAUGUAUUCUUAUCUUAAAGUCAAACAAACAUUAUUAUAAUUUGAAUAGUGGUAGUGUUAAAAAAUAGUGUUAAAAAAGUGUUAUAUAUGCUCUACUUUACACAGAACAACCUUACACCCAAGAACUACAGCGAGAAUCUGAUGUUGAGCCUGGACAUGCUGUACAAAGAGGUUAGUGAUGGAAGGCUUGGUAAUGGAGAUUUAUUAUAGAUUAAAGCCUGUACUCACUCAACUAGGUUCAUUUAAAGCCAAAUAUCAUGCCAUCUCCCUCCAUCUCUCUCUAAGGUACCGAGGGUAAUGGUCAAUGUUGUGGAGGUUCUGGAGAUGGAUCCAUUGAGGAGAGUGACUAAGGACGCUCUGGUCUGCACCCUCAUGCAGAGGUUUGUAUGAAACUCCCCAUUUCCCCACAAAGACAGCAGCUACACCCACUGCAUCAUAUGCCUGUAGAAUGUGUAUAUUCACAGCGUUAGAGAAUGUUUCCGCUCAAGUGUCUUUGUUUUGCACAGGAAUGCUUGCCCCUGUUUUUUUUACCCUGAAGAGAACUCUCCUGAGCUUACAGAGGUUAUUCGGAUCAACCAGGAAUACCAGGUAUGGGCAGAGCAGGGUCUAAAAAAAAAAAAAAAACGUUAUUUAACUAGGCAAGUCAGUUAAGAACAAAUUCUUAUUUACAAUGAUGGCCUACCGAAAGGCAAAAGGCCUCCUGCGGGGACGGGGGCUGGGAUUCAAAAUAAAAAUAUAGGACAAAGCACACAUCACCACAAGAAACACGGUCUGAACACAGGAGGUUGGUGGCACCUUAAUUGGGGAGGACGAGCUCAUGGUAAUGGCUGGAGUGGAAUAGUAUCAUUCCAUUUACUCCGUUCCAGCCCUUAUUAUGAGCCGUCUUCUCCUCAGCUGCCUCCACUGAGUCUGAACAACUGGGAUUCUAACUCUAUGAGGAAUUGUCAUGUGUUACUGGUAUGGAAGGUCUUGGCCAAUGUUCCAAUGUGUGGAGAUACAUGAGUUCUACAGUUAAAGAUACAGGCAUUCAAUGUGAUCAGAUCAAUCCAACAUAACUCUACAAUACUUAACAUUCUCUCUUUGUUCUCUCUACUCUGUCUAUGCUUCUGUCCAGAUCGAGACUGAGCGACUGGUCUCUGGGGGGCGCUAUGAUGGGCGAGAGGACUUCACUGUCGUUGUACAACCCUACUUACGAAACUCCUUUGUCCCUUUCAUUGAGGUGAGUGUGGUUUAACUGCACACAUGCGCGCACACACACACACACACACACACACACACACGCACGUAUGUGAAGCACAGACACACACACACACACACAUACACACACUGACACUGUUCUCUUGUCUCCACAGGAUGGGAAGCCUGACUUGAGUUUCUUCUCUGUGGAUUGUUUCCAUGUCAGUGAGCGAGCACAUGCUGAGAUGGCCAUCGCUCUCUGGAACAACAUGGUGAGGACAGUCACUUAGAGAGUAGUCUGGUCCCAGAUCUGUUUGUGCUGUCUUGCUGUAGAUUGCCUCUGCGUUGUUUUGAUCGGCUCACAUGAGACCAUAGGAUCAGGGUUGCUGUUGAUUUUUAUUGUUUGUUAAUGACAGGAAAAACUUCCAUAAACAAAUGCUGUGCUGUGCUGUCCUUAUACGCCAAACUCCUCUGCAAACUCCAAGUACAAAAGAACAACAACAGGGGACAUGAAUAGCCAUGCUAGCCCAUUGACAACAUAGCCUACAGUAGAAAGUACUGUAGCUAGAUAACAUGUGCAGCAUUCACAAAUCAACAGAUAAAUUACUGAAAUACAUGAAUAUCCCAAUAUAUUGGUGGGAGACCAUUAUAAUACACUGCCAGUAACCAUAUAAACGUUAUUAUACGUGUUUUAACAUAUAGGAUUGAUUAUGAUUUUCAUUGAACAAUGUUUCAGUAACCUACCUCUUCCACAUGGGUACAGUAGACAGGGAAGAGGUAAGGGGGGCAGGAUGUUUAUGAGGGGGAAUGCAGAAGGAGAAGGAAGUGUGCCACAUUAAAAAGGGCACUGACAACAACAAAAGGAAUGUACAGUAAUAUCAGGUAUGGAACUAUUCAGAUUUAGUGUAAUUAUAAAACAUGAAAUUCAACACUUGUUACAUUGCCAACUCCUAUGGUCAUUGUCAAGACAGCACCCACAGAUCUGGGACCAGGCUGCAUAGAGUGUACUCUGAAACAUAACUCACAACACAUGAGCUAUGGCCAUAGUAUUUCAUGUUUGUGUAGGUUUGUGAUUUGACAGAGGUAGUGUUUUGUUUUUACAGUUGGAGCCAGUGGGUAGGAAGCAGGUCUACAACAACUUCACAUAUGACCGCACCAAAAUCAACUGUCCUUUUGAGGUAUGUUAACAUGAACACAACAUUUAUUGUGGAAAAGUUUGGUCAGGAGUUUGCUGAAAUGGCAAUCAGUAAGUCAGUCGUUGCAUUGGCUGACUCAACAGUGCAUGUGGGUUGUUGAGUGUGUUGGUUGAGCAGCAGUCAUAUCACCUACUGAAAGCUACUUCUUACAAUGUUGUAGAAGAAGAUCUAUUCUCAUGUUAGUUUCCCUUAAUCUGACAUUUGCUCUCUCCUUUAGGAUCAACCCUUCAUCUUCACUAAGGUCAAUAGCCUCCCGAGCCCACCUGUAAACCCCACCUCACCUGUCCCAAACCCUGGCACCACCACACCAAGCCCUGUGGCCCAGUGUGACUCCUCCAUGCCUGUGUGGGUGCCCGUGGUGCUUGGUAUCACUGGCUUACUGAUCGGCUGGGGAAUCACUUGGCUAUUCAUGUCCUGCAGAGAAUGGCAGAGUAAGAGGAAAAUGGUAGAGGGAGUGGUUGAGAUGAAAGGAACUGGUUUCUAAUGAUAUUCAAUUCUAAGAGGGAGUUUGGAGAUGGUCACAAAGGCUUGAAUACAAACACACAUGCAUAAACGCACACACCUAUGCAUACACACACACACAAAUACACACACGAGUGUAUGGCAUUGUAUCAAACAUAAACAUAUUGUAUAUAAAGUAUGUAAUAGAUUUGCUAAUUGUUUUGUAAAUGCACACGGAUUAUGGCAUAUUUUCUUCCUAUGAAUAAGGUGUGUUUUGUACACCCUGCAUUACCUAAGAAUGUACCAUUUUCCUUUGUAUUUAAACAAUAAACAUUGUUGAUGAACAUUCCAUUCAGCAACAGAUAAAUAAAUA